GCAGUAUUUUAUUCUCUACUCAUCUGUAUUUUUCUGAUGAACCUAUCUUUGUUGAGAUGCAUUGUUGGCUUACAGUAUACUGUAUAUAUGCAACUAUCGUAUGAUGCCAUAUAUAAGCCAAGGGCAGGCUUGGGGGCCAAUGUUAUGGAUUUGGAUGUGGAUAAUAAGUCAGGGGUAAAACUUCGUAGCACAUAGCAAAGGAUCUAAAGGAUGAAGCAAAGGAAAGCAAUGCCAAAGAGCUUGCGAAAUUCCAGCAGACAUAACCAUUUGUGCUCACUCUAAAGGCUGGAUGGAUGAACAGGGGAUGAGUACUUCCAGGGCAGAUCACACUCUUGUCUUUCACCAGGGAUGGCUCAUUUCUUUUAUCAGAAUUGAAGUACAGUACUUACAUUGACCCAUGGAUCGGUCAACUUAGGCUUUGGGGGUCAAUUUUUGAUUAAAAUUUCUAGAUUUAUACAUGAGUAUUUUUGUUUGUUGUUGACCACCCUCAAGUCAACCUCGACUCCCAGCCACCCUGUGGAUGAGACAUCCAAGGACCCCUGCCCUCCACUGCUUUGCUUAGUGCCACUUCUUCUCUUUUAUUGAGUCCAUUCAUCUACUAUGCGAGCUUCCUCCCUUUCAAAUUCCCUUCACCUUUCCUAGCAUGUAUAUACAGUACCUAUUGGACUCUGAGCAAGACAAAGGCUUAAAAUUGUAGUUUAUGAGGAACAAUUUCAUGACUGAAUCUGUGUCUGCAUCUGCACUGGAUAAAUAAUCCAGUUCAACACCACUUUAACUGCCAUGGCUCAGGGCUAUGGGAAUCUUGGAAUUGUAGUUUGUUGCGGCACCAGAGCUCUCUGACAGAGAAGGCUAAAUAUCUCACAGAACAACAGUUCCCAGUAUCCCAUAGCAUUGAGCCAUGCAAUACAGAUACAUCCCACAUUUAAAUUAUUCCUCUCAUUUGUCCGUUGUGUUGAAAAUUAAGGAAAAAAGGCUUUCUACAUUUGCAUUGUGGCUUAAACAGCCCAUCGCCCAACACGUUUGGUGUCCUUUUUCCCUCCAGGAAACAAAUAUUCCCUGAGCUCUGGGUGUGGUUUUUGCCUGCUGUUGCUCCUAGGAAACAAGAACUUUAGAAGUAUUCAAUCUACCACCUUAUUUGCAGCAAGGCAGGCUGCCAGGUAUUUUAUGCAAGGGGUGUGCCGCGAAGGAAAUAGGUGCCUAUUUUCACAUGACUUGUCUACAAGCAAACCAUCUACUAUCUGCAAAUUCUACCAGAAAGGACAGUGUGCUUACGGACCUCGCUGCAGGUACGAUCAUGUUAGACCUCCUGCAUCUUCUACAUCAGGUGUCAUGGGUGGGACUAGGCCACUUUAUGCUUCUGCACCACCAUUUCACAGCCUUAAUUCUCUGCCAGACCAAAAUACGCCGGUAACCAAAAGUAAAGUACUUGAGCCUGGAAGACGGGAAAAGAAAACCCUAGUACUCAGGGACAGAGAUUUAUGUGGAUCAAAUGAGGAAAGGACGAGAUCCAGCACUGUGAAUGAUUCUGCAAGUUGCAGUAUUCCAACACAUACUCCUGAAACAAAGCCCCAUUCAUAUUUGGACGCAAUCCGCAGUGGGCUUGAAGAAGAGGAUGUUGAACCUGGAAGUUCAUACACAGAUGGUGAACAGUUGUGUCCCUAUGCGGCAGCUGGCAUGUGCCAGUUUGGUGAUCGAUGUCUGUACCUCCAUGGGCAAAUGUGUGAAAUCUGUGGGUUGCAAGUACUUCAUCCCUUUGAUCCAGAACAGAGGAAAACACAUGAGAAGAUGUGCAUGGCUACCUUUGAACAUGAGAUGGAGAAGGCCUUUGCCUUUCAGGCAAGUCAGGACAAGGUGUGCAGUAUCUGCAUGGAAGUAGUAUAUGACAAGCCAUCUGCAUCUGAAAGAAGAUUUGGAAUCCUUUCAAACUGCAACCACACCUACUGUUUGUCCUGUAUCCGACAGUGGAGAGGAGUCAAGCAGUUUGAGAAUCCCAUCAUAAAGUCCUGCCCAGAAUGUCGUGUGAUAUCAGAGUUUGUAAUUCCCAGUGUGUAUUGGGUAGAAGACCAGACCAAGAAGAACGAGUUGAUUGAAGCAUUUAAGCAGGGAGUGGGGAGAAAGGCCUGCAAGUAUUUUGAGCAGGGCAAAGGGACCUGUCCCUUUGGGGGGAAGUGUCUGUACCUGCAUGCCUAUCCAGAUGGGAGACGAGCUGAACCGGAGAAACCACGAAAACAGCUCAGCUCUGAGGGGACUGUCCGGUUCCUCAAUUCUGUUCGCCUCUGGGAUUUUAUUGAAGACCGAGAAAACAGGACACUACCAGUUGCCACCGAUGAUGUAACUGAGAUUGGGGAGCUUUUUAUGCGUCUUUCUGGAGCAGAUGCUGGAUCUGCUGCUCCUCCCUAGAAUACCACUAGAUCUCGCCCAUGUUCUUUUCUGUAGUAUGCCUUCUGUUUCUUAAAUAACUUUGUACUGUUUACCAUAAUAAUUAGAAUUACUGUGCCAAGGAGAAUAAGGUCCUGGUGAAAUUUUAGUACAAGUCUGUCACUGUAGAGAGGAAAAAAACAUUGAAGCAUAAUUAAAGGAGUACUUGGAAUAAAAGUGGUAGAUGUAAUCAAAAA